UUAAAAAACCAAUAAAAAAAAAAAAACAAUGCACCUUUAAGCCUGUAAUGGACAACAGAAGUGUCAAUUGUAUGCUCUAAACUAAAUUUGCAAUUAAAGCUCCCCGCCCGGGUGGAGCUAACCGAAAGCAUCUAAAGACAACAUACAUCGUCGGGCGGUCGCGUUUGUGUACGAGAUAUUCGGUCGUUAAUUGUCGGUCGGUGACGUUCCAUGCUUGAUGAAAGCCUUUGGCAAUGUAAAUGUUAAGAUAAAUUCCUAUGAAAUGGUUAAAAACAAUACACCAUAACCCUGUGUAAAUGACUCUACUUGCAUACUACUGGGAAUGAAACCAUGCAGAGUCAAGCGAGAGCAUAAUAUAGUGAUAAAACCAACUCCCUCUUUCACUACCAAUCACAACCGGAAACAUUAAAAUCAGAUCGAUCUGGCUGCGUAACAUCAAGCGGACCGGUUUUUUUCGGUGCAAGAUCAGCGUUAAAAUCGUAUAAAAUAUUGCCAAUUUAAAUUCGGGCUCGAUUUGGCAGUGCCGAUAUUGAUUCGACGCGUAAAAUCAAUAGCUACAUACAGUUCUCCCCAUAUCACUCCAAAUUGUGCUCACCUUGCGUGCGUGUGUUUGUGUGUGUGUCUGUGAUUUGUAUCGUGGUUGAUAAAAAUAAAUAAAAUGUGCUAAAGCUCGUGUGUGCGUUUGUGUCACUGCGCUAGCCCCUAAUAGCUGAAGAAAUGUGCUAAUGAGAAAAUAAAUAAAUAGUGUGCGCUAUCAUUAAAUCUUGCAAUACGAUCCAUACGGUCGUGUCAGGUGUGCGCGUGUUUGAUAGUGUGUUUUUGUCCCCCCGAAGAAAUUCGAUCAAUUGUGUUGUGUGUCUAACGGCUGAUCGUUUUGUGCAUGAGUGUGUAUGGUUCAAAAUUUGUUCAUCUCUAACCCGGCGGUGUGUAUCGACGGCUGGCACACCGAGGGAAUAUCAUCAAACAACAACCGCUCAUCCACCAACAACGAGGGAAACGUCCCUCGGUCUACGUCAUCGAUUCAUCGACUCAUCCCUCAUCGCGGAAACGGUCGUAAUUGUCGCGCGUUAUUCGUUAAGCUCGCUUUAGAAGUCGGUGCAUGCAAUGUAAACGUGUAAACUGUCCUACCGUAUAACAGUCAUAGCGAAUGCUACUUCUAUGUUGCAUAGAAAAGUACUAAUCGUUACAAAAGCUCCCUUUUGUCCCACAUAUAGUAUACUCCGUCCUAACUAAAAAGAGAGACUGAUUUGGGUGAUUGUGAUUCGAACGAUGUGAUUAGAUUGCUGUAAUUUUAAAACAGAAAACUGUGAUUCUUUUCGUAUUUGAGGCACACACAAAACACACACCAAUAUUACCCCUCCACAAAUGUAUCCAUGCCCUGAACGCUCCACUUCCUCGUGCAAUUAAUUGAAAGCUUUCAACACCCACCCAAAAAUACAAAUAAAAAAACAACAACACUAAACCAAAGAAAACAAAACCCUCCCGAUAUGGCGGGCGAUUCCAACUCGAGCGACGAGGAGCUGCAGCAGCUGGCCCAAGCGCUCGAGCGAGGGCCGGCCAAGUGCCACGAGUGUUACGGGGACUGUGUCGACUGUGUGCCGGACUGCUGCAAGGAUACGACCGUGCACAAGUGCCACCUCGAGGGUGGCCCGGGCCGGUUCCAAACCGGCAAGAAUCUGCUCACCCGUGCACUGCGCUACCCGCCCGGUACCGCCACCAGGAAGUGUGUGCUGACGCUGGACGGCUAUUCCUACGUAAUUGUCGCCAGCUCACCGGAGAACAAGUUUACCAAAGAUGAUAUAACGCUCGCCGGUGCUGGCCAGGGGCGCGAACAGUUGUCCUGCUGCGAUCCGGCCACCUGCCCAGGCGGUCCAACAACCAGCUACGGAUCGUGCGGAUCCACCGGACCGAUCGCAUCGACCGGUCCUACCGUACCCACAAUCACACCGCUAGCCGGGGGCAGCAGUAGUGGUACAGCACUGUCCCACGCGCAACAGCAAUCAUCAACGAGUCAGCAGCAGCAACAACAACAACAAUCCGCUGGCAGCUGUUAUCCGUGCCAUCAUCACUUUCACCACCACCACCAUCAUCACCAUUGUCAUCAGCCGGUGCGAGCGGAUUGCCAUUCGCGCAACGGACAGAUAGCAAAGCAAGGAAGUCUUACAAUCGUACGGCGAACCAAUAGUAGAAAAAACACAAACAUCCAGCAGCAGCUCCAGUAUCAGGAAGCGCUAGACGAAUCAGAGUACCAGCAGCAGCCACCAUACGGUAACGAUUCCUACGCUGAAGGUAGUGGUGGUGGAAGAGGAGGAGGAGCCGGAGGCGGAGGAGGGGGAGGCGAAGGUGGCGAAGGUGGCGGUGCCGGUGCCAGUUCGGAGGCCGAGUACGGUCAGCACCAUCCGCCCCUGUCCGAGUCGGAGCUCGCCUUCGUCAACAGUCAGCUAAGUCGGGAGCUCGAGAGCAUGCAACCGACGUCCGGGACCGUGAGUGUCGUCGCGAA